UCCUCAAGCACAUCCCUGCAGCCUCAUCACUGUCCGAAGCAGAAGAGUACAAGAUUGGAUUCUGGAGACGGAGAUCGCGACACCCUCCUCCUCCCCGACAAAAAAGCCACGACCUUUGCUCCUCCUCUCGCCUUCCUCGCUCGACCCAUUCAAGUUUCCCAUCUCCGGAGAGGAUCGCGCAGCACAUCGCCGGCGGGGAGCAUGAGAAGAGGCUCGUUUGGUGGCAUGGGAGGAGGGAGCAACAGCGUGUUUAGGACCCUCGGCCGGUCGGUCGUCCGAGCCGGCGUUGCCGGCGGGGGCGGAGGCGGGGGCGGCGGUGGCGGCGGUGGGUUGCAAGAGUCCUUUGCCGCUUCCUCAAAUUCCUCCCCUACUUCUCCUAGAAGUGCCUCUGGGUCUGGCCACAAGCUCAGCUCUAGCCACCAGCUUUCUCUCUCCUCUGCUACUUCGCCCUUCUCACCAUGUAACACCAUCCCGGUAUCUGCCGCUUCUGGCGUGCCCACGUGGCUGCCUUUUGCGCCGUCGUCUGAGGUCGAUGAUUACGAGUGGGUGGUCGCUGAUGGGAUUGAAGACGAAAGGAGGAGCUUUUACCUCGAUGAUUUCGUUCUUGGGUCUGUUCCUUCCACCGACGAGGUUCACGGUGCCGUUUCUGCUAUUCAACAGGUUUUCGAUUCUGGGCCAUACUCUCAGUAUGUCCGGGACAGAUUCAGUCCAUAUGUGGACAAGGAUCUAGAUCAGGUGAAAAACACCUCUAAUUUGCUGCCUCGAGUUUCUUCUUCUGGAUCAGAGAUGGAUUGGAUAGAGCCUGCUGUUCAUCUUUCUAACUCUAGAGCAUUGCAACCGUAUGAACAAGUAUACGAUGCUUUCCACUUGCUGCAGAGGGACCCGUCUGUUCAGAGGAUGGUUAUUUCACUGUCAUCGGAUAAAGCUGUCUGGGAUGCUGUUUUGAAUAAUGAGGUAGUCAAGGAGCUCAGAGAAUCAUGCCAAGCAGCGGAAAUUAGUAGUAUUCCAGAUAUAAGCUCGGAUGAGAGCUCCGAUGAUUCCAAUGGAGUGGUUGAUGUGGUAAGAUGGAUGUUUGACAACACCGUGUCAAAAGUCACGGAACUGAUUGAGAAGAUCACAAAGCUAGUCGGGGACUUGUUCGAGGUGCCUCCAAAUGAGGAGCCCGCCUCAUUAGGACCUGCUGACCCCUUUGAGGAAAAGCUGAGAAUGUCAUUCCUACUAUCCGUCGUGGUCCUCCUGGUCGUAGCCGUGACUCGAGCUCACAAGGCUUGACCUGACCAUCAUUUGUCGACAUGACUUUGUAAAUUAACAGUGAUUCCUCUGUCUUCUCUGCAUUUAGCUGUAACUUAUGACAAGUGCGCGAUUUUAGUUUACUGUGGUUAGUAAAAACUAUCAGAACAACUUCUGUUUCAUAUGUCAGAUAAAUAAUGGUGUUUGGUAACUUUUUUA